GAGUUCGUCUCCAUUGGCCUCUUCAAAUCAAAUUAAGAAUCUCUUAUUCCCCCAAAUUUUUCAUUUCUCUUUUUCUUCAUUCUUCAUCUCUCGUCCCACAAAAGAGGACAAAAAACCAAAUAACGAGAAGUCCCAUUUCUCUUUGUUGUCUUAGGUGUUACCUUCAUCAACCAAACGCAAUGGCGAACGCGGCGUCGGGGAUGGCGGUGGAGGACGAGUGUAAGCUGAAGUUUUUGGAGCUAAAAGCGAAGAGAAACUAUAGGUUCAUAAUAUUCAGGAUAGAUGGACAACAAGUGGUGGUAGAAAAGCUGGGAAGCCCCCAAGAGAACUACGACGAUUUCACCAAUUACCUACCGCCAAAUGAAUGCCGCUACGCCGUUUAUGACUUCGACUUCACCACUGCUGAGAAUAUCCAGAAGAGCAAGAUCUUCUUCAUAGCAUGGUCACCGGAUUCAUCUAGAGUAAGGAUGAAGAUGGUGUAUGCGAGCUCAAAGGACAGGUUCAAGAGGGAAUUGGAUGGUAUUCAGGUGGAGUUACAAGCCACUGACCCGAGCGAGAUGAGUCUCGACAUCAUCAAAAGUCGAGCUCUCUAGAUCUCCUUGCUUUUCUAAUUAUAUAUCCAUAAUCAUUGUCAUUCAAACAAUUUCCUCAUCUUAUGUAACUUUCGAUCUUGGUUUCAUUCAUUCUUGUUCUUGACUGUUUUUUUCUAUUUUAUUUACAUUUUAAAUUGACAUGGGUUUUAUACUUUGCAAACCAUGUAGUUUCUCGUGUAAUAGCUCACUUUCGUUGAAAAAAUAAAGAUAUAUCUUUUUCAAA